GCUUCCCGUUUGGGCUGUUUGUUUAUCCUUUGGGCCCCGUGACAGCGAUCUGCGUUGGGAGUGGUACCUCCGCGCUGCUGAAAGACGACGUCCAUCUUGAGCAGGAUUCGUAUCCAGGCACACAACUAAUACAAUACAGCAAUAAAUGAGAUGCAAGUGACUGUCUGAGAUGACCUAAGUCUUUUUAAUUUGACAGAAUUCCACGCCGUUCCUCAGUAUUAACCAGAGAUGCCUGGUCGAGUUUCCGCCCGUUCGACCUCUGCGCCGACACGCAGGUCGUCGGCUCAGCCCUCAGCAUCAGGAGGUCGCGCCGCGUCUGUGACCCCGUCCUUUGUGAUUCCAGAGGAACCUGCGCCGCCCGAAGCGUCGCCUAACCUACGUCGCGAUGUUUGUUUGAUUUUUGCUGACGCCCAGCGUUCAACGACCGGUCACCGGAAGCUUGUGGUGCGAUUAAGGAAGCUGCAGGAGAUUUGCUGCGGAAUUUCUGCGAAGAAGACGAAGAAGGACGGCAAGAACCCUGAGGCUCAGGAGGAGCUUUUACUGCCGAGCGAAGAAACCAUUCCGGAGAAGGAGUUCAACGUAGAGGUUGGUCGCUGUUUGCUGCGCAUACUGCCGAUAAAAAAGACCGAGCCGGUUGGCGAUCGAAUUCUGCGGUUUGUUGGAACUUUUCUAUCUCAUGCGACUGAGAAAGAUACCGAAAUCUUCGCCGCCGGAAAUGACGACGAUGACAUGCAAAAUAUCAUCGAGACCCCAACUGCCCGACUGGCGACUCAUCUGAUCAGCGUUGUUGUGCCGCUGUUGGCGGCAAAGGACAAGAUCGUGCGUUUUCGCGCGACACAAAUUGUCACCCACAUUGUCAACUCCCUCGAAACAAUCGAUGAUGAUCUCUACCAUACCAUUCGACAAGGACUAUUGAAACGAAUUCGAGACAAGGAGCCCUCAGUGAGGGUACAAGCUGUGCUGGGGCUUGGGCGCCUGGCAGGAAACGAAGAAGAAGACGACGAUGAUAACGACGAUAGCUCCAAAGCCCUCCUGGAAAAGCUCAUUGACAUUAUGCAGAAUGACACAAGUGCUGAAGUGCGGAAGACCCUGUUGCUCAAUCUGCCUCUAGUGCCCGCAACUCUCCCUUAUCUGCUCGAACGUGCUCGAGAUCUCGAAGCAACUACCCGACGAGCCUUAUACUCCCGCUUACUCCCCACCCUUGGUGACUUCCGCCAUUUGUCGCUUUCCAUGAGAGAGAAACUGCUUCGCUGGGGCCUUCGAGACCGAGAUGAAAGUGUUCGAAAGGCCACUGGAAAGCUGUUCUACGACCGCUGGAUUGAAGACUGCGCUGGCACAACCAACGAUUCCGAGAAUGGUCCUUCCACCCAGCGUUCUCCCCCAAACAUCGAGGCACUGCUGGAGUUGUUGGAAAGAAUUGACGUCGUCAGCUCUGGGAUGGACUCCGGAAUCGCGCACGAGGCCAUGCGCAGUUUCUGGGAGGGCCGCCCCGACUAUCGAGAGACGAUUGUUUUUGAUGAGCCGUUCUGGGAAUCCUUGACGGCCGAGUCAGCCUUUCUUCUACGAUCCUUUAACGAUUUCUGCCGUGUCGAGAACGAAGGAAAGUUCGAUAGUCUCGCCGACGAGAAGAUACCUGAGGUGACAGCCUUCGCGCAUUUUCUGAAAAAAUACAUGACCGAGCUUCUACAAAGGAAGAAAAUGGCCAAGGAUACUAGUGAAGCAAACGACGACGACACGGUUGAGAACGAAUUUAUCGUUGAACAACUAUUACAUAUCGCCAUCACACUGGACUACAGUGACGAGGUCGGCCGCCGGAAAAUGUUCUCUCUCCUUCGCGAGUCGCUAGCCGUGCCCGAGCUACCUGAAGAGUGUACUAAGCUCACUGUCGAGACUUUGAGAUGUGUGUGCGGACCAGCUGCUGCGGCUGAGAGUGAAUUCUGCAGUGUUGUUCUCGAAGCUAUUGCCGAAGUCCAUGACACUAUUGUGACCGAAGAUAGUUUUGUUUCGGCCAAGUCUGAAAUCAGCGAUGCGACCUCCAGCCGCCAACGGUCUGAAACCCCGGCAGAUAGUGAAGCUGAAGUACCCUUUAAUAAGGAGGAGGCAAAGGCCAAAGUUCUGCGCGAGAUCGUGGUCAAUAUGAAAUGUCUGCAUAUUGCCCAAUGUAUGUUGCAAAACGUGGAAGGCAAUCUGCAACAGAACAUGAACCUGGUUACUAUGCUCAACAAUUUGGUCGUGCCAGCGGUUCGAAGCCACGAGGCUCCGAUCCGUGAAAGAGGUCUAGUGUGCCUUGGUCUCUGCUGCUUGUUGGACAAGACUCUCGCCGAAGAGAAUAUGACGCUCUUCAUCCACUGUUACAGCAAAGGCCACGAAGCCCUGCAGGUUACCGCCUUACACAUUUUGUGUGACAUGAUAACGACGCAUCCCUCGCUACUCGCUCCUGUCCCACAGUCUGACGGGGAAACCGUGUCGCCGCCAGCAUUCCAGAAGCCACUGCUCAAGGUCUUUGCAAGAGCUCUGAAGGCUAGCUCUGCGAACAGUGUCCAGGCCGCUGCCGCCACCGGCCUUUCAAAGUUGUUGCUCACUAAUACUUUUACACCGUCUGGAGCCAACAUCCCACAGGCCAUCCAGGAGUACAACGAGUCCGCUGUGGAGACCGUCUUGCAAUCGCUCAUUGUGUCUUUCUUCCACCCUCGUACUCGGGAGAACCCGGCCUUUAGACAAGCGUUGGCCUAUUUCUUCCCUGUUUACUGCCAUUCCCGCUUGGAGAAUACCCAGCACAUGCGAAAGGUGACCGUUCCCGUUAUCCGUGCGGUUCUCAAUGCGGCGGAGGAGUACUACUCCCUAGAAGCCGAGGAAGAUAGUGAUGGCGAGAUUGAUGAGACUGUUGGACAGAGGGAGCUGAAGGCACUGAUGGCAGGUGUCGUGGGCAUGCUUGCGGAAUGGACGGAUGAGCGGAGGGUCGUGGGCCUGGGAGGAGAGAAGAUCCUUGCGGGCGUUCCGACGAGCUCCAGCCCCUGUGGAUUCGUACACUUGGCCCUGGUGAAAGAUAUUCUGGAGCGCGUUCUGGGGAUUAGCACCGGUCCCAACCGGUGCUCCAAGGAGGAAAAGAAGCUUCUAUUCUCAUUGUUGAGUAAGCUUUAUAUCUCGCCUCCUGUGGUGCCUUCGCGAUCUGGGUCUAGGAUGCCUGAAGGCGACGAUCAAUUCCGCUCCAGCACCCAGAUCAAGGAAUUACUGGAUGAAGCCAUCCAAGAGGGUGUCGCGGCUGAAGCAGCGGGUCGAAAUGCGCUUGUGAAGGUCAAGAAUGCUGUUCUCAAGCUUCUUGCAGCUGCGCAAGGCACCAGGUCCGACAGUGUCAGGCCGCGCGAAGGCACCGAGGAACCCGAAAGUGAUGCCAUGAGCAUCCGCUCUGGCAGUGUCCGGCCAUCCAUUGAGCACCCAGGCAAACGCCGGCGGAUGUUCUCAGUAGAGCCCAGCAUUAUGGAGGAGGAUGAGAACGAUGACAGUCGAGGAACGAUCAUCAAGUCUGAAGCUCAUGACGACUGAGGGCGUAAGCCCCUGGUGCUUGAUUCAUUUCUUUCUGUUGCCGGCGUUGAAUGAUGGUCAUGGGUUGAGAACGGGAUGGGUUAUGACAUGGUUAUGAGGUUUCAUGUAAUUAUUGAUUUGGUCUAUUGGUGUAUAUGAUUGACGCCGCUUCAUUCCAAUUUAUUGCACCUCUUGGUUUCUGGGAUGAUCUACCUUUGAUGACCUAGUCACUCGUACGGUG